AUGGUGGAUCAGCUUCAAGGAACAUGGAAAUCUAUUUCUUGUGAAAAUUUUGAAAACUAUAUGAAGGAGCUAGGAGUAGGAAGAGCCCGCAGGAAACUGGGCUGUCUGGCAAAACCCACUGUGACCAUCAGUACAGAAGGAGAUGUGAUCACCAUAAAAACCAAAAGCAUCUUUAAGAACAAUGAGAUCUCUUUUAAGCUGGGAGAGGAGUUUGAAGAAAUCACACCUGGUGGCCGUAAAAACAAGAGUACGGUAACCUUAGAUAAUGACCCCUUGGUUCAAGUUCAGGACUGGAAUGGUAAAGAAGCUACCAUAAGCAGAAAGCUGGUGGAUGGGAAAAUGGUGGUGGAAAGUGCAGUGAAUGAUGUCACCUGUACUUGCAAAUACAAGCGAGUAUAA